AGCGACCAGGUCGCCUGUUAUCAAAUCUGCACGUACUCUUAAAACAGAAAACUGGAUUAAUGACGAUAAGAUAACAACAGGAAGAACUUAACAAAAUGGUCCAAGGUGUUCAUCUUCACGCGCAGACGGAGCUGAAAUACGCGAUGGCUGCUCACAACAGCUCCCUGCCUAGCAACGAGACGAUUACGCCAGAUCAUGUUGCUUUAGUGCAAGAAUUGAAUGACAAGAUGGCGCGCCUGAUGGUUCCCGCUACGGUUUACAUUUCCAUUUUGAUGAUUCUCGGCCUAGUAGGAAAUCCAAUGGUGUUUUAUUACUAUGGCUUCAAGACGAAGCGCACAACCAAUACGUUCUUCCUCGUAAUUUUGGCAUUCUAUGACUUCAUUGUUUGUGUAGUGUCGAUGCCAACUGAAAUCGCCGACAUCGAGCUGUCUUACACGUUUGAAAAUAAUGUCGCCUGCAAAGUACUGCGGUUUUUGACCUACUUUGCAGAAUUUGGGUCAAUGUUGACUCUUGUUGCUAUAGCAUUGGACCGGUUUAAAAAGAUAUGUCGUGUGACUAAUCCUCAGAUUGAGAUACGAACUGCACAAUUUAUUAGCAUAGGAAUUCUUGGAAUAGCUAUUCUAUUGUCGUGGCCGGCUCUUGUACUUUAUGGAUCGAUACAAGUAUCAAUACCAAACACAUAUGGCAUUGAACUCAUGGGGGCGGAUUGUACCUCUACCAAAGACGUCGCUUACAAAAAAUAUGUCUGGGCCUUUAAUGGAGUCCACUUUCUUUUGUUUGUCGUGUUAUCAGUUGUUUUGAUUGUGCUGUACAGCAUUAUCGGGCAUACGAUCUUCAGCCUCAAGAAAAAAUUAAGGAUGUACAAACCGAGCAAAAACAGAACGCCGUCGUCAGCCGAGGUUAAAACUUCAUUAUCUGACCUCAGUCAACAGGCGGACGACAAAAUGAAAGGAAAUGAGAAAGGCGUAACCAAACCACAAACCGCAACAAACACGAGCAAAUCUCUUUUCGCCAGCGGUAAUCGACAUUCCACAGUAUCUCAGACAUCGUCGAAUGCAUAUAAAAAGUCAGUUAUAGACAACGUGGCAGUGAAAAUCACUCUCGUCAUGGUUGUAGUUUCCACAGUGUUCAUCGUCAGUUUUUUGCCGUACCUCUCACUAACCGUUUGGCGCGUUCUCAAAGGCAAGCACGAGGCGGAGUUUCUAUCCGAUGCCGGUCUCGUUUGGUUCAAAAUUGGGACAAGGUCAUUUCUUCUAAACAGCAGUCUCAACCCGUGGAUUUACGGACUUGCUAACAGCAAUUUUAGAAAGACUUUCUUUGGAAUGCUUUUCAAGAUUUGGUAAACAUUUUUGAAAGCAAAAUUAGCUACUUGGUUUCGUUUGUAAUCGUUAAUUUCCUUGGAUGGCGAUGACCUGAUUUAUAUGCGGUACAAGUGUGACUUAGUGUCUAUAUUAGUUUUACGCACAUUCUUGCGUUUUUUAAGUAUGUUUUGCUUGCACGGUCACCUUAAGCGCAGUUUUAAUUCAACACGUAUAUUUUGUUUUAAUAAUGACUCGAUUAUUUUGUUACGGAUAUUGUCGAAAUUUGAAUAUUAACAAAUAAAUAAUUUCUUAAUA